UGGAAAGUGGAGCUGGAAGGCAGUAAAGCAACGGAAAACACAUAUCAAACACACCGCGACCAGUUUCCAGCAGCUAUCUGGGAGGACAUACAUAACAAACAUAUUUCAACUGCUCUUCAGCUCAUUUAAAGAGAUGGGAAUAAUUGAUGAUGUUAAAGACACAGUGUCCAAGGCUGUGUUUACUCCUUCUACUCUGUUGUCCGGCCGUGGCGGGCUGCACAUGAGUCAGAUCAUCUUGUCUCUGGUCACCUUUGUCCUGGCUGUCUUCAGAGGAGGGAGCAGCCAUACCUACUGGAACUACGCUAUGUUCACCUGGGCCUUCUGCCCCAUCAUGACCCUCAUCAUCACCAUUAUUGAGAUGUUUAAGCUCGAUAUCAUACUCAAUAUGUUUUGCAUGGACUGGUCUGACUUCACCACAGGGAUGGCCAUGUCCUCUAUGCUCAUGACCAUCUCUGUCGCUAUUACCUAUGCCAACUUCUAUGCCUGCCUGAAAUGCCUGUACGGCUGGAUAGUGAGUAUAUUUGCUUUCUUGUGUGGCAUGGUCUACACACUUGAAGUGGUGAAGGACAAAAUCCUGGACAAGAAGAAGGGGAGCUACCUGGCUGCUCUGCCUGGAUUCUUGAAGGUUAUGGAGGCCUUCGUGAGCUGCAUCAUUUUUAUAUCACUGACUGGUUACAGAGACAAGCCAGCUCUGAUCUUGUGCAUUAUAGCAUAUGCCAUUCCUUUCCCCAUCCUCCCUGUAAUCAUAGCCACCAACAUCCUCAAGAAACUGAAGACGUGUUUGCCCUUUAACCUGGACAGGUUUGUGUUUAUAUUUCUGGUGAUCUCUGUUGUGCUGUAUAUAUUUGCUGCUAUUAUGUGGCCAAUUUUUAUGUUCAGAAACAACCCUCGACCCAGUGACUGUCCACCCAGCUUCUGUAUCUGGGCCAUACAGUUUAUGGUUGCAUUUAUGACCUAUGUGAAUCUCAUUCUUUUCACACUGGACCUCAUUUUUACUCUGUUUGGUAUCUGUGGCUUUAAACGCACAUAAAUGUAGUGGUGACUUUCCUAUCAUCUUUUUUAAAACCUCCAAACUUUAACUGCACCUUUAAGCAACUACUUGUACUUCAGGUCACACAGAUUCAAAAACUGUAAGCUCAACGCUCAACAUGUCUUUACAUAGCAUUAAAAUAAAAUGUGUAUAUGUGAGUUCAGUUUUUUAGCUAAUUAGAGGUUUCUAGUAAAAUAAUGCUUUUAAAGCCUGGUCUCAAGUCAGUUAACAGUGCCAUUUCUGCCCUGAAGUCACAUGUUCACAUUUUCCACAUUUGGGCCCAUGUAGUAGAUUGUACACACUCUCACUUGGAACAAAAACAACAGUGUAGCUGGAAACCAAUCAUGGAUUGGGGCUUUAAACAUCCAUUUUCUGAUCACAACCUACACUAUGUUGUCAAAUAGGCUCAAGAUCAGACCGAACACAGAACACUAAAAUGGCCAAAUCACAGUCAUAGUGAUACUGAGAAAAUAAAAGCAUUCUUAUAUGUAUUCUGCAUAUCAUUUUGGCAUUUUUUUUUUGUCUGUUGAGUAUUGUAAUGUCCAGUUUAUUAACGUUUUAAUGUAAAUUUAAUGUAUGAUGUAUAAUUAACCCUGAAAUUACAAUUCAGCUCUAUGCAUAUUUUUUCACUGCCCAUUUUCAUAUUUCCUGCUGUGAUAUAAAAUAUGAACUGUGUAUGCCACUGCCAACGAAUUUAUGUAAGAUGUGUUGCAUUAUGUCUGUUUGAAAAUGAGCUUACACAUGAAUGAACACACCUGUGUUUUCUGGGAUCUGUCAGCCACAGACAGAUGAAGGCCAGAAUACCGAAAAGUGAUUGGUGUGCAAUGGGAAUAAAGUGACGCUCUGACAAAGACAAA